CACUUGCACUGGGUGGCCUACUGCGACUGUGGCGCCGUGACGAGGACGGCGGGUUGCGCGCGCAGCACCUCCGUCGCCUCCCGAUCCAGAGUCUCUGUUGCCAGGAAAACAGAGCGGCGCGCUUUCCGGCGCAGUCGCGGUGCGUCGCAGCUGUCAUGGCGGAGACCGUCUGGAGCACUGACACCGGGGAGGCAGUGUAUCGCUCCCGGGACCCCGUGCGCAACUUGCGCCUCCGGGUUCACCUGCAAAGAAUCACAUCAAGCAACUUUCUUCAUUAUCAGCCUGCUGCCGAGCUCUGGAAGGACCUCAUAGACUUGGCCACUUUUAGGCCUCAGCCAACUGCCAAGCAAGAAGUGGUGCUGGUUCGGCUCAAGCAUUUGACUCACUCUGUUGUCUUUGGAGGUGGACACCGCCCAGAGGAAGACGAAGAGGAGGAGAUUGUGAUUGGGUGGCAGGAGAAGCUCUUUAGCCAGUUUGAAGUAGAUCUGUACCAAAAUGAAGCAGCCUGUCAGAGUCCUUUGGAUUAUCAGUACCGUCAGGAGAUCCUGAAGCUGGAGAAUUCAGGUGGCAAGAAGAACCGACGAAUCUUUACCUACACUGACUCUGAUAGAUACACCAAUUUGGAGGAGCACUGUCAGAGAAUGACCACUGCAGCCAGCGAGGUGCCUUCAUUCUUGGUUGAGCGAAUGGCAAACGUCAGGCGGCGCCGGCAGGACAGACGAGGGAUGGAGGGCGGCAUCCUCAAGUCACGCCUUGUCACCUGGGAGCCCUCAGAAGAGUUCGUCAGGAACAACCAUGUCAUUAACACCCCUCUUCAGACAAUGCACAUCAUGGCAGACCUGGGGCCCUAUAAAAAGCUUGGCUAUAAGAAGUAUGAACACGUCCUGUGUACUCUGAAGGUGGAUAGCAAUGGUGUGAUCACAGUAAAGCCUGAUUUCACGGGCCUCAAAGGACCCUACAGGAUCGAGACAGAGGGAGAGAAGCAGGAGCUGUGGAAAUAUACAAUCGACAAUGUUUCCCCCCUCGCACAGCCAGAGGAGGAGGAGCGGGAACGGCGAGUGUUCAAGGAUCUUUAUGGCCGGCACAAGGAGUAUCUCAGCAGCCUCGUAGGCACUGACUUUGAGAUGACUGUCCCAGGUGCCCUCCGGCUCUUUGUAAAUGGAGAGGUAGUUUCAGCCCAAGGCUAUGAGUAUGACAAUCUCUACGUCCACUUCUUUGUGGAAUUGCCAACUACUCACUGGUCAAGCCCAGCAUUCCAGCAGCUCUCAGGAGUAACACAGACAUGCACCACCAAGUCCCUGGGAGUGGACAAGGUGGCUCACUUCUCCUACCCAUUCACAUUUGAAGCCUUCUUCCUCCAUGAGGAUGAAUCUUCUGAUGCACUCCCGGAGUGGCCUGUGCUCUACUGUGAGGUCCUCUCGCUGGACUUCUGGCAGAGGUACCGUGUGGAAGGCUAUGGGGCUGUGGUGCUGCCUGCCACUCCAGGCUCACACACCCUGACAGUCUCCACAUGGAGACCUGUGGAGCUUGGCAUGGUGGCUGAGCUGAGGAGGUUUUUCAUUGGCGGUUCUCUGGAACUGGAGGACCUCUCCUAUGUGCGGAUACCAGGAUCCUUCAAGGGGGAACGCCUGAGCCGCUUUGGACUCCGCACGGAGACCACAGGCACCGUCACCUUCCGCUUGCACUGUCUGCAGCAGUCCAGGGCCUUCAUGGAAUCGAGCUCCCUUCGGAAAAGGAUGCGGAGUGUGUUGGACCAUCUGGAAGGGUUUAGCCAGCAGAGUUCCAUUCACAAUGUGCUGGAGGCCUUCCGUCGAGCCCGGCGCCGCAUGCAGGAGGCCCGGGAAAGCCUCCCGCAGGACCUAGUGAGCCCCUCUGGAACCCUGGUCUCCUAGCUCACAGCAGCCCUGGGCCACAGUGCAAGAGGACAAGAUGGGGGAUAUUUGAGGCCAGUGCUCUCCUGCCUCUUCGUCUGUCUGAUUAGAGACCACGCUGGUCUGCUGGGAACCAGAAGAGCUGGGAAAUUCCUAGCUGGCCCCUCUGCCUAGCCUUCUGCAGGGUCUUCUCCCUACCCUGUGGAAAUAAAGCCAGAGACCCUGUGGCCCCCCCCUUCAUGUUUGCAGUCACUGUAAAUGGGCAUCACAGCAAGGCAGGCUUUUUGGUCUGAAGCUGUUUGGGGUGACCCCAUAGUGAGUGUGGCCUUUACUCACUUUUCUGGCUUGUCUCACAGUAGCAGGGGGAUGCAGGGAUCUGCUGUUCUCCAGCCUUUAAAAAUGGAGCCUUCCUUCUUGCAAGACCAAAGAAGGAAGGAAGGUGGGUGGUGAGAGGGGUCUUAAAUCCCCAGCCUGUGAGUCUUAGCCUCCUCUUUCCAGGGCAGCCUCAUUCUACUCCUUGGGGCUUGCUGAGGUUGAGAUAUGAGUUAUUUCUGAGUAGGUGAAGGUUGAAGGCAGUGCCGAGUCCUUUAUUCUAGCUGGUUGGUAUCUUUUACUGUGUUCUUUUUGUUUUUUGGGUUUUUUUCCAUAAACCCCUUUUAUUUUGACUGAUGUUCCGUUGGCUGUUUGUCUGCUCAGGUUGCUGGUAUGGCUGGGGUGUUCUUCUUAAUGUCAGGGCCCCUCCCAUGUGUGUCCUUCCCCUUUUCUGCCUUUCCCUACUCCACAGUGUUUCUUUGGGCUCUCCUAAUUCAGCCCCCAGGAGAGGCUUAGAUGGUUGUGCCAGUGUGCGUGUUAGCAGCACUUCUCUUCAACACCUGGAGCAAAGCAUGGAACUGAGGCCACGUCCUCCCUAGCCCAACACAGAAACAGCAGCCCCUGCCCUUAGCAGUGCUUUAUUGGUAGAAGCAGAGCAUGCUGCCCAGCCUCAGGCUCAGAGGAGGACUGUGGGGUGUCUGGAGGCUAGGACUGAGUGGUCUCUCAGUCACGGUGAGGGAGGGGAGGGAGGGCUGGGAAACAGUAGAAAGUGCUGUAAACCCUCCAGCUGACUUUUCUUGCUUGGGGUGCAAGACCACAUAGCUUGGCUCCCAAGCCUUUGCACGUGGCACUGAUUCAUAACCUAAUACCUAAGAGACUCCCACGGCGGGAAGGUCCAUUGCUGCUAGGAGUCCCCAGCUCUCACUCCCGGCUGGGGAACCCAGCUCUGAGCUGUAGCCAGCAGAAGCGUCAGCAGGCUGCAGUUGCUCCAGGGGGACAAGGCAGCUUUAUGGUCCUCCCCUUCUCCUUGUCUCCAAAAGUUGGAGGCUUGGGAUAGACUCCUGUGGAAGUAACAGAACGGAUAAGUGAGGAAUUUACUGGACAUUUAGAAAUGGAGCUGUUUUGGGGUAUUAGUGACCAAACUGAGGAUAGCUGGAUGCUCCUAAUUUCCUCGCCAAAGUCCUAGGGCCUGGGAUUGACUGUCGGUCCAGAAGCUAGUACAUUGGGAAGCCACUUGGAAAAAGUACUGUAUCCCUCGUGACAAGUUCUGUUUUCUCUGCUUAGAGACCUAAGAGGACUCAGCCGUCCAUCCAGGGAAGGAUAUGAGGGCCUAACCCAGCCCAGGGUGCUGGAGGUGGCCUCCCCUUACCUGCAGAAGCCUCAUGUCCCCCGCCAGGCUGACAGGUUCAACCUGGGGAUACGGCUGCAGCUCACAAAGCCCCGGGGAUAGAUGUUGGCUCUGAAGAUGUCCCUUGAAACCAUGGUGAUACCGGUAUUGUCACAUAUAAUUCGAGACAAGGAAAUUCUGCUCAGGGCCUCGCGCUGUCUUUUGGUGAAAACCCCUCGUUUCUCCCACCAGAACCUACCAGGCAGUCAAGAGAUGUGGGUGAAGGUUGGGGAGGAAUUACCUUGUAAUGAGCACCUGUUGUGUGCCAGGCACUUUACAUAUAUUAUUCCAUUCAGUUCUCACAAAAUUCCUGCAAGAUUGGAAUCUUAGAAAUGAAACAAAUUCAGUGGCCAAAUAAAUUGCCCAGUAUUCAGUGCACAGUAAUUUAAGUGGCCAGGGCUGGAUUUGAACUCAGGCAAUACCAACUCCAAAUAAGGAGUCAGGUCUUAAAUCACAAACUUAUUGGAGGGAAACCAGAUUUCGCCCUUUCUGCUCAUGUUUUCUGGGAUCUACCAACCCAGAACAGCGAGGCUGCCAGGCUACCUCCUGGGUUUAAGGUGACUCUGGCUCAGGCAAUGUGGGCCUUGCCUGGGUCAGUGUCUCUCUUCCUUUAACCCAGCUUUCCAGAGAAGAGCCUCCUGAUUUCAGAUCCUGUGAACUUGGAAGAAAUGAUAUUAAAAAGAGCAGUGAUCUUCAA